AUGUCUUUUUUUGGAUUUGGAGCUCCAACUAGAAAUUGGAAAAUUGGAAAGUUUGGAGAAUACCAAAACACAUUCAACAAAUAUUUCGAACAUCCUGAUGAGCCAAAGAGUAGAUUCUUCAACCGGUAUUCGAUUUAUCGAUUUGUUGUUUCAAGAGGAUCGUUGGAAGAUGAUGUAAGUUAUUUUCAAAGAAAACGACAUGAAAAUAUAUUACAUGUUAGACACGAUUCUACAAAAUUUUAUUUCAUUCAUGGCCAAAAGAACCUGUUUUUGAAUCAAUUCGAUUCGUGCUAAGAAUUGAGGAUCGAGGAGAUCCAAAUAAUCCACUUAUGAAAUCAACAACAUUUAUGAGCAUGGAAAAACCCAAUUCUCUUUGUCGAUUUCAUAAACAUUAUGAUAUUUUGGAUUAUUCUUCAAUGUGUGAAAAAUGGAUUAUUGAUACUGUGUUUCAUAAGAACUAUGAAAUUCAUACUUUGAUUCUGGAAUCGGUAAGAAAUUUUGAUGGUGUGUAGAAAAAAUGGUAUAAAUUUUAUAGGCUCCAGAAUGCUUUGCCUCUGUUCAAGGGAAGUUUCACGUAAAAAGACUCGAAAUCAAUGCAGAUGAAUAUGAAAAUGAUACGUGUUAUAUGUAUUAUUGGUUAAACCUUUUCAGAUAUCGGCCAGGUUGUGUAGGGCCAUUGUCUGUGAAAAUGAAAUCUCCAUUUAUUGAAAUGAAGAUUGCCGCAGUUCCGAUGGUGAGUUGAAAUCUAGAUUUACUCAAUAAAUAUAGUUGAUUUUAGUUGGUUGAAAUCAGUCGAAUCGAGUUAAAUGGAAAAUUUGAUAUCACCCCAUUUUGGGUUUUGACCUACAACGGCUUUUGUUUUAUGUGGAAAAAUAUGGAAGAAAAUAAGAACUUCUCGUCUACUGAACUGAAAUUGAUAUUCGAAAAAGUAAGAUUAACGGGACCGUGGAUUGGAAUAUAUUUGGAACAAGGAAAUGAUAAAAAAAAUGAAUGCAUGCUUAAAUUGCUUGAAAGACAGUAUGGAAGUAAUUUAUCACAUGAUAUUGGAUACAAAUGUACCGGAGUUUUUAGCGAUAUUGUUACAUUUUAUUCAGAAGAAAACAGAACUGUUAUCGAAAAGUCAACCGAUUCGUCUAAUUUAGGAGUCAUGAAUGUGGAAGAUUGGUUUAUUGAUCUCUCAGUACUUGAAGAGUACGGGCUUACAAGGAAAGGUUUUCAAUGUUCCCCCAAGGAAAAAACCGAGAGUAUGUGGAAUGUUGAGGGUUCCCAUGGGUAA